GAAGGUGAGUUUGACUAAGGAUGUUUUUUUCUCCUACAUUAUACCAUUAAUAUAUAGGUUGCUUGUGUGCUCAUGCUUUGUUGUUUACUAUAGGCUGGAGAGGACAAUCCUAAGAUUUGGCCUUCUCAUUUGGAUGCCCUGUUGAAUAGACAAAUGGUAUUUCGUAUCAAGUAUCAAUCACAAUACCGACGAUUCUCUGUCGUGAAGAUACUUAACGAGGAAGGGCUUUACAAUAAGUUGCACACCUACCUCACACCAAAUGAGGGAACAACUGCUGCUGUUAUGGAAAUGGAAAGUGGUUCUUCAUCUCUUAAUCCAUAUCAACUCACACCAACUUGCGAACAAUCGAGCGUUGCUCAACCGGAUUCUGCUGCUAACCUCACGGGGAGUCCUUCUGCAAGCUGCAGCAGUACUCCAGCCAAGAGGGUUGCUAUGUCAACCUCAAUUAACGAUCUCAUCCAGGCCGAAGAGCUCACUCCUAAACAAUCAACCACUAAGGCCAAGAAUGGAAAAAAGACAAAACAGAUAAAAAAAGAUUAAUUUGGAGGGUUUAUUUCAGAAGUUUGCCUCUUAUUUUGAUGCUUAACUAGCAUAUGAACUAUUGUAAGGUUAUAAUCCAACUAUUCAGUCCUUCUUUUGUUGGGCAAUGUCAUUUUGAAUUUGAACAUCCCAUGUUUAAUGUUCUAUAACUCCUAAACUCAUCGUUAACAAACUGUUGUAAUGAAUCUUAAUCUCUAAUGCCAAAU